AUGUCCGACCGAUUGUUCCAGAAAUAUUCGGAGAUUCUCCUUACAGGCUCCUAUGCAAAGUUCUCUCCCGAGAAACUCCACAACCUCCACAAGGAGUUGGGUCUGAUGCUCCCAAAGGCUCAGGAAUCGUUGGAACCAUCCGAGUUGUUUGACUUGUACGAGUUGUACUUUCAUGUGUCACUUCUCACGAACCAUGAUGUCAAUGCCAAGCUGAUGCUUGAUCGCUUCAACGACGAGUUUUCUGGCCAGCGUUCUCAAAAGUACCUGAUCUUGAAGUCCAUGUACUACGAAGCCACUGGAGAAGACAAGAAGGCUGUUGAUGCCUUGGGCCUGAGCCGGGAUGAGCUUCGUGCCUCGAGAAGGUUGGCAACUUUCUCAAGAAACAAGGCGGACGGCUCUGAAAACAUUCCCGAAUACAUCAAGUCGUUGGUGUUCUAUUUGAACAUCCAGCCUUCGGAUACCACCACCUGGGCUGAAUUGGCUGACCAGUAUGCCAAGAUUGGUGAUUACGAGGAAGCCGUCUUCUGCUUGAAAGAGGUUUUGCUCCAUGAACCGUUGGCAUACAACAUCUUCUACAAAGCAGGUCUCUACCAGUACUACCACUUCUUGCAACAGGACAAAGUCAAGUCCGAGAAAGACAAAGACCUUGCAUCCCUUUACCCGAUCUACCAGGGCGCCAGAGACCUGUUUCUCCGUGCUGUGGAAAUCAGCGCCUCUUACACCAAAGCAUGGGUUGGUUUGGCAACAAUGGGCGAGUCCGACUUGCUUGACAGAUUAGAAAAGAACAAAAAGACCAGCGCCGACACCAAGAUCCAAACCUUCGUUAAGGAAACCAUCCAGGUCAGAGAAUUGGCCAAAGCAAGAGUCAGAGAAUUAGAGAAGCUCCCGUCCGAUGCUGAAAUCCUGAAGCAUCUCCAAUGA